AUGGCGCAAUGCGUGCUCUUCUUUCUCGCUGGUCAGGAGACUACGCUGACAACGCUAACCUUCGCCGCAUACCAGCUUGCACUUAAUCCCGCCAUCCAAGAAAAACUCCGAAAGGAAGUGGAUGAGUGUAUUGCCGCGAACGGUCCGGAGCCCAGCUUGGACGUCAUAUCGAAGUUGAAAUACCUGAACUGCGUAGUCUCGGAAGCGCUACGCUUGCUGCCCCCCCGUGGUGAGCUUCCAAGCGGGUGCACCGUUAUUAUACCCGUAUACUCAAUCCAUCACGACCCGGAGUUCUUCUCGGAUCCUGAAUGUUUCAAACCUGAUCGGUUCAGCGAGGAGAAUGUGGGAUCCAUCCGUCCCUACACCUAUCUUCCUUUUGGUGCUGGACCACGUAACUGCAUCGGAAGCCGUUUCGUGCUUCAGUCCAUCAAGAUGUGCCUGCUUCACUCAGUGCAUAGUGUUCAGUUCACAAAAACUGACAAGACGAAGAAGACAUCACUCUUGGAAUACGGAGACGGCCAGAUCGACUCCACUGACGUGUGA